AUGAUUGAGGUAGAUGACAAACCCAAACAGAACAGGCUAUAUCCGUCUACAGUGGGAGAGGUCUCAGAUCUAGUAGGAGAGGACUCUGUGACAUCUGACGAGGAGUUGAAGUCAGGCACCAUGACAAAGACAUUACCACAACGGCAGAGAAAACAACCUGAUAGGUUGGGAUUAAUGUGCACAGAACAGAAUAAAAAUUAUUUCACCACUGAAAUCACAUUUGAAGAAGCAUUACAAGGUCUUGAGAGGGAGCAUUGGGUCCAGGCUGUCAAAGAAGAGCUGAAAAGCUUUGUAGACAACAGUGCAUGGGAAGAAGUUGAUAUUCCUGUAAAUGGGAAUAUAGUAAAGUGCAAAUGA